CAGAAACUCAGGAUGCUGUUGGUAUCCAAAAUUUAACCAAAGAAAGGCAUUCUUUCUCGGCUUCUUUAAUCAUGUGUACCUACUGAAUCCGGUGAUCAUUUUCUAGGUCUUUGAUGUAACUCCCAGUUAAGGCCAGCUAAAUAUCCACCCGCUGAUUAUCACCAGUUCGGAGUCUGUUGGAACGAACUAUGCAUGCAUGCAUGAUUGCACUGUACUGUUAGGGCCAAGCCGAAGACAGGAAUACUGAGAUACAGCUCUUUAUACACAUGAUAGAAUCCACCUGUGCAAGAUGUAUUUACAUGAUUGAGCAUAUGCAUGUAUCCAAAUAUUCAUCAUCUGAGUCACUUGAGUCACU